AUGAAUCAUACCCGCGGUCUCAUGUCCACCGCGCAAGCUUUGCGCCAAACCUUCCUCACACCUCUCAAGAGCUCCAGAUUCGGGCUUCUACAACAAUCGUCCCUUCAGAAUGGUCGACAACUCAGAUUUUUCCAAAAUUCUCCUUCUCUUGCCCUUAAAGUAGCUCGAGCUCCUGUGAAGGGUCCAAUCAAGGAUGAAGAGAUUCGCGCUCGAACCGUGCAGGUCGUCAAUUCCGAGGGAGAUCUUGAACCACCAGAAUUUCUAUCCGAUGUCCUCACAACCUUCGACCGGACCAAAUACUUCCUCAUCCAAGUGUCUCCCGGUGCCUUCAAAAAACCACCAGUGUGCAAAGUUAUGAACAAGUUGGAAUAUCGAAAUGCCGAGAAAGCGAAGGAAAAGGCAGCUAAAGCGGCCAAACAAACUUUCAAGCAGAUUGAAUUAAACUGGGCUAUCGAUGCUCACGAUCUUGAACAUCGCCUGAAGCAGUUGGCUACCUUUUUGGAGAAAGGUCGGAAAGUUGAGAUCGUCUUGACUCGGAAGAAGCACAAGCGGCCCCCUACGGUGGAUGAGAUCAAGCAUGUUAUGCAGACAGUGCUGGACACUACACGAGAGGCCGGAGGCACACAGGUCAAAGCGAUGGAGGGUGAGCCGGGCAAGCGUGUCAUGCUCACUGUGAAAAAAGCCGACAACUGA